GGCGAGGAAGAAAGCAGCCUAUAGGCGGGUCGUGCUCCCCACUUCAAGGCUGAACCGCCCUUUCGCUGAAAGCUGCUUCGUUUCCCAAGUCAUUUGGGCACGCGUGCACAGGCCCGAGACCGUAAGGUCACGAUCCAAACUAACCGCUUUUGCAGGAAGGCAGCACCGGUCGCUGGUCGGGCCUUGCUUGGCGGCGCCCCCUCUGCUCGCGGCCUGGCUCCUCCCAUUGCCAAGCAGCGAAAGGGCUGGGGUUUCUUCCUCUCCCCCCGCGCCCCUGCCAGCCCCCUCUCCACGUUUGCAGCUUUGGGAAGUCGGGACUUAGCCGAGGUCGCUCUUGAAUCCUCUCCUCCUUGCGCUCGUCCCUCGCAAUGGAAAGGCCAAGAAUGCCGCCGGCUCGGAAGCGGCGACGCCGCUGUUGCUCGCCCCUGCUCCUCGCCUUGCUAGUUAGCUGCGUGGCGUGCCAGGCUCCGCCGGUGCCGGCCGGGGAGACCCCCUGGGACGGAAAGGACGUGCUGAUCGAGCGCAAGUACGUGCCGGACAAGUGCCCGCGCACCGUCCUCUCCGGCGACUUCGUGCGCUACCAUUACCACGGCACUUUCUCCGACGGCAAGAAAUUCGAUUCCAGCUAUGACAGGGGCUCUACAUUCAAUGUACUUGUGGGGAAAAACCAGCUUAUUGCUGGGAUGGAGAAAGCUCUGCUUGGCAUGUGUGUAAAUGAAAGGCGAUUUGUAAAAAUCCCACCCCAUCUUGGAUAUGGAAAAGAAGGAGUUUCCAGUGUAAUUCCUGCAAAUUCAGUUGUGAAUUUUGAUGUGCUUUUGGUUGACCUUUGGAAUUCUGAAGACCAAGUUCAGAUCCAGACGUAUUACAUGCCAGAAAAUUGUACAAGGACGAUUCAGGUGUCUGAUUUUAUAAGAUACCAUUAUAAUGGAACAUUUUUAGAUGGAACACUAUUUGACUCAAGUCAUAAUAGGAUGCGAACAUAUGACACCUAUGUAGGAAUUGGGUGGUUAAUCCCUGGAAUGGACAAAGGUCUCCUUGGAAUGUGUGUUGGAGAAAAGCGCAUAAUCACAGUACCGCCUUUCUUGGCCUAUGGAGAAGAUGGAGAUGGGAAAGAAAUACCUGGCCAAGCUUCUCUUGUCUUUGAUGUGGCUCUUCUAGAUCUACACAAUCCUAAAGACGGAAUUGGUAUGGAACAACAGUAUGUGCCCAAGUCCUGUGAACGUAAAACCCAGAUUGGGGAUUUCCUCAGGUAUCACUAUAAUGGUACCCUUCUUGAUGGAACAUUGUUUGAUUCCAGUUACUCACGAAAUCGAACCUAUGACACCUACAUUGGCAAAGGUUAUGUGAUUGCUGGAAUGGAUGAAGGUUUGCUUGGAGCAUGCACUGGAGAGAAAAGGAGAAUAGUAAUACCACCUCAUCUUGGGUAUGGAGAAGAGGGAAGAGGAAACAUUCCAGGAUCCGCUGUGUUGGUAUUUGACGUCCAUAUGAUAGAUUUUCACAACCCUUCAGAUUCAGUUGCUGUUACAACCUAUUACAAACCUACUAACUGUUCAGUGCUAAGCAAGAAGGGUGAUUACUUGAAGUAUCAUUACAAUGCUUCCCUCCUAGAUGGCACUUUAUUAGACUCAACAGUUAACCUUGGGAAAACAUAUAAUAUAGUUCUAGGUUCUGGACAAGUUGUACUGGGAAUGGAUAUAGGUCUCAGAGAUAUGUGUGUUGGAGAAAAAAGGACAGUUGUUAUUCCCCCUCACUUUGGUUAUGGAGAAGCUGGAGUUGAAGGAGAAGUGCCUGGAAGUGCUGUAUUACUGUUUGACAUUGAACUGCUCGAUAUAGUAUCUGGCUUACCAGACGGCUAUAUGUUUGUGUGGCUUGAUGAAGUAUCUCCAAACCUCUUUGAAGAAAUGGACAAGGAUAACAACGGAGAAAUUCUCCUAGAAGAAUUCAAUAAAUAUAUCCAUGACCAAGUCAAUUCUGGCAAAGGAAAGCUAGCCCCUGGUUAUGAUUCUGACACAAUUGUGAAAAAUAUGUUCAACAAUCAGGACCGAAAUGGAGACGGCAGGAUUACUUCUGAAGAAUUCAAACUGAAAGACCAGGAGCCACAGGGACAUGAUGAACUGUAACUUAGUUGGUUUUUUAAAAUCAGUAUGAGCUGAACUGCUGUUAAAGUGUAUGUACCAUAGAAAUGAUCUGAAAUCUCUGUGUGUACUUAAAAUGAAGGAGGUGGAAAUGAACAUGUCUGUGUGAAUUAAGAUACAAUAGGGGAGUAAAAUGAAUAUUAUUUUGGUUAGGGCAUUUAUAUUGAAAACACAAAGUGCCUCAAAAUUGAUUUUAAUGACUUUUAAAAAGUAUACAUCCCACCAUAGUGAUGCAUUCAGUUUUAUAUCAUAUUUUUACGGUUUUUUGCAGAGAUGUGGAUUUUCUGGAAAAAUAUAAAUUGGAACAUUUUCAUAUGCAAAUUAAUAUGAUUCACAUUUGUGUAUUUCUCUCAAUAUCCAUAAUAUUUGGGCUACAUUAUUUGAAGUAAAAAAAAUAAAUUUGGCUUGUUAAGUUAGAACAUUAUAUUCAGAAGCAAAAAUAAUAUGUGGAAAAACAUGUUAUUGGAAGGUUAGUGGCUGCAGUGGAAUUCCUGAUAUCAGGUUAUCUGAGGUGAUGGGACUUCAUCACUUUGUUAACCUAGUAGCUUUUUCUAAAUGGUUUGUAUUUGUUAAGGACAUUUUCUACACUGCAGUAAAUGUUUCUUUCACCUCAUAGCAUUGGCACACUUUUGUCUGCAAUACCUGUGCUUGCCAAUUUUCUUAUCAUCUCUGUCACACACUUUUUUUUAGAUUAGCCAUUGUGAUUCCUAUCUGAAAUAGGGAACAAGUAGAUCAUCAGGGACAUCUGCUAAGAGGCCCCAGGCAAGAGAAUGUACAGUACAUGAAGUACAUGUGGCUCCCUCCUGUCUGUUUACAGCAGGAAGUAGGACAGUAUCAUUCAGCUGGGUCAUACAAGAGGGUGAGUGUGCUACAGGGAGAACUGCUUUUCACCUCCCUCUUCUCCCUUCUCCUUUUCACCUACUGAAGCCAAUAAGAGAUCCAAGAAAUCUCUGCUUCUCAAUUUUUCAUUGCCGUAAUCUGGAAAGCAAACAUCAUACAACUCUGAAUCUGUCAAACUUGCUUGAAGGGUUAAAUUUUGUAGCCCACAUCUUUGAAGUUUUGAUUCAAAACUUCCAAGUUUUGAUUCAAAGGUACAAUCUUUCAUUAAGAUAAUACAGUUUGCCCUAUUUUGUUACUUUUUGGGGUAACAAAACAAUAGGCUACACUGUAAUAGUUAAUGGGAAGAGAUUCUGAAAAAAAAGACAAAAAUAUUAGGAAAUCCAUUUUUUUUUUUUGAGAAGCAGUAUUCAGUGCACUGGCAUUAAAAUGUUAUGUUUCCUUAAGAAUUGAGUUAUAGUGGUCAUGAAUUAUCUUCUAUUUGCCCUCCUCCCAAAUGAUACCGUAUUAUCAUUUUAAAGUGCAGAUUAGCAACCCACAGCCUUAGCUUGUUUCACCCCCAGCCACAGCUUUUUGUAAGUCUUCCCCUGAUAUUAAGUUGCCAUCUCCACAGCAAUCAUUACAAUGGGGACAUUAAGACAACUCAGAUCGUAUUAGCAUCUUCUUUGAGAGUGUUCUGUGUCCUGUGUAGAGCAGAACUAACACUCUUUAAGACUAGAGCUGUGGUGGUAGCUGCUCUAUUAACAAAAACAGCAAUGACAAGAGUUAAAUAGUGUGGAACAAAAAUGGCUCUUCUCUGCUAGCAGCAGCAGAGAAACAAGAAACUUGCCCUAAACUCAGCAAAAUCUAGUGAGAAUAGGGUGAAUGUGAAUGAAGUUCUGAUUUUCUACUGUAAAGAAGAAAAAUGACCCAUACAGUAAAUGUUGCAUAAGUCAUGAGUUUCCACUGUAUGAGGCUGUUGAUGAACCGUUCAGCCUUGCAUUGGGUAUUUAAAAAAUGUGUGUUUGUCUUUUAUGUAUUUUAGGAAACAAAAAAAGAAGAAAAAAAGAAAAAAUGUAUUGUAAAAAGGUGGAUGCAGCUGUUGAUUGCAUCUCUGUAAGUUAGCAUGGCUAGGCCAUCUAACUCUUCAAACAGAAUUUUUAAGUGGGUUUCAGAUUCACUCUCAGAUGCCAGCUUUGUCAAUAAAAUAUACCCCUUAAAAAUAAAACAAAUUAAGUCAAAAAGUUACUGAAGUAUGGAAAGAGCAGAAGGCCACAGUGACACUAAUAGAAAAUGUACAAGUAUAUUCCCCAGGUUAGUGAGACUUAUAAUGGUAGAAUGGUGCUCAUUUUAAAGCACUCCUUUUUAGAUAGUUUUGUAAGAAGUACAAUUGUGUGGGUUUUCUAUGCUGUAACACUAAUAAUACCAUGUUCUGUCAAAUGCAAUACAUUCUGGUAGUAUUAAAUAAAACGCUGACAAAUACACUGUGCAA